AUGGCCCCCAACGAUGGGUUCCCACAGACAGGGGAGCCCUCGACACCGCCCAAGACCUUCUCCAUUCCUCCCCUCUUCGAACCCGGCGUUCAAUUCAACCCCAAUCUCAUCUACCGCCCGGACCCGAUCACACUGCUCACCUUCAUGGGGACAAAACAAUGGCACCGGAGGGUGCUCACCACGACCACUCGCAUUGCUGAAGUUAGCAGUAUAGAUGUUAACCGCCCUCUCACACAACCCGAGCUCGACUUCUACCUCGAAAACACCAGCAGAACCCUCUACCAAGCCCGCACCGGCGCCCCUCUGGGUAUGCUUAUCGGAGGCAUCAACGCCACUAUGUGGUUAAAGCGAAACCAUACGCUAGACGCCUAUGCGCCGACAAACCCAGAACUCUCCAUGGGAAAGCGGUAUCUCGAGGGCGUGAAGAACAUGUACAAGCUAGACCCUACUGGGUUCCGGGUAGCGGCAGCGGCAGUACUGUCUAGAAUAGGAAUUUGGACUUUUGGAAUCUGGGUUAUUUCAAAUGUGUAUGCGCUAACAAAUGGCGUCGGCCGCAUAGCGACGGACCCGCGGGUGAAGGAGAUUUUCGAAGAGCGAAGGGGCCAGGACCCGAAGGAGGUACGGGAGCGGCAUCGCAACGCACAGAUGGUGAAAACUCACUUGAGACGCCAGCAGCAACAGGGCGAAUUACCGACUGCUCAGGAGGGGAGUGCCGAGGGAAGCGCCGAGGCGAGCUGGUAUGAGGGCCCAUCAGAUCAGCCCGCCCCCGCCCCGCGGACAUCUAGCCCGAGAAUGGAUGACUAUUACCCACCGCCUGCCAAGAAUCAGAGUAAAGGAGGAGAUUUCUUCGAUGACGAUGCCAGCCCCAUUGCUUCAGACUACCGAGAUGCCGCUCCACAGGGAAGCGCUUGGGACCGCAUCCGGCAACAGAACCAGGUUCGAUAUUCCACUACGCCACAGCCAGAGACUUCACGGACGCAACGUACCCCUUCUGAAGGGAGUCAGCCACCGUCAGAGGAUCAGGAUAGUACCUCGCAAGGGAGCACGUGGGAUCGUCUCCGCUCUCAGGGGACACCCCAGUCACAGCCCCAGGGUUCUCGCGCGCAGCCUGGUGUUUCCGACUGGAAUACCGAUAGCAGACAGGAUAAAGAGCGCGCUCAAGCCGAUUUUGAUCGGAUGCUUGACGCAGAGCGGAACAGGGGAAGCGACUCGGAUCCUGGCACUAAGCGCAAAGGGUGGUGGGGCUAG